CUUCACUCUACCAGUAUCCUUUAUCAUAUCUCUCCUAUUUCUCACUAUCGAAACAUCAUCCGACAAUAGUACUGAUUGUGAGAUCAUUGUUUUUAUCCAUCUCCGACUCGCUACUCAAUCCAGUCGACCCGUCGUGACAUCUCAUCAAGCUUCAAGCUCCGACGGCCGACGCAGGUCAACAUGACCGAUAAAGGAAAGACGAGAUCUCGUCCUACCGUGGACACAUCUAUUCAAUCAGACUCCCAUUCAUACCUCAGAACGCGUUCACCUUCACGAUCUAGAUAUAAUCAAGAAGAAGAUAAAGGGCAAGAUGAUGAUCAUGUUCGACCUUUAUUUGGACAUUUACAUUCUCCCACUUAUCCACCUAGAUCAUCUCAAUUCUCUUCCACUAGUAUUCGACGAUUACACUCCCUUAUCCGUCUACCUCCGAGUUUGAAACGAAUCUUCCUCUCACCAGUAUAUCUCGUACUUGUCUUCCUAUGCGUUCUAUUGACGUUCUUUUUCUUACGAUCUGAUAGACCAUUUGACACGGGUUCUCCCUUCCCCUGGGAGAAUCCACCAUCAUCUUUGAUAAAGCUACCCGAAGAAUACGCCCCAUACCUCCCUGAUCUCAAUUUGCCCGAGAUAUUAUUAUCGCCUCAGCUCGAACCACUGGCAUCGCAAUUGAAGAAAUUUUUACUUCGGCCAGUCUUAAGCUAUGAAGAAAGCGACGCAGCGAAUAAAAAGCUUUGUCCGUCAGAGAUCAGUGACAGAUUGGUCAAUCCUGAUCAGUACAAUGGUGAUGGUCAGUUCUGGAGGGAAGGUGUGACUCCAACGGUGGUUUAUGAGAAGAGAGCUAGUCUUAUUCACUUUUUAGCUAAACAUGUGGAGGAGGGCAGAACUAUUUUUGGAGCUGAGGUGGGACAAGGACAGGGUAUCGUAUUGACCGGAGGGAAUCAGGAUACAACUCUCAGGAUGAUUACACUUCUUCGACAUCUCAACAGACUUGGUGUGAAACUUCCAGUAGAAGUAUUUCACUAUCCUGACGAACUACACGAGGAGGAACACAGAGAGGCGAUACGUGAACUCGGCGCGACCAUACGUGAGAUACAAGGCGUCGGUAAGGUCGACGGCGUUUGGAAGAAUUGGCAGAUCAAAGGUCAGGCGAUAAUACAAUCGUCUUUCCGAGAAGUUCUAUAUAUCGAUUCUGAUAACAUUCCCCUUCGCGACCCCUCCCAUCUUUUCUCAGCUCCUCAUUACCUCAACAAUGGUCGUGCAGUUUUCUGGCCAGACUUGUCCAGAGACCAUCCAGAUAAUGCCAUAUGGCGUCUCGUUGGCGAUACAUGUAAUCUCCGUGAAUGGACGUUUGAAUCGGGUCAAAUCGUUUUGGACAAAGGGGGAAAUGGAGGUCUCAAUAUCGCCGCUUUGUACCUUGCGGCUGGUAUGAUGGCCGAUAGGGAUUUUUGGUUCAGGAUGUGCGGAGGAGAUAAGGAUACCUUCCGCUGGGCAUGGAGGAUGUUGGAUAUUAAUCUCGCCACCAGUCCGAGAUGGAUGUCGGCUCUGGGGUUCAAGAAUGGGUUUGAGAAUGGAAGGUUUUGUGGGCACACUGUCCUUCAAUACGACCUCGUCAUACAUGAAGGAGAAGAGCGAGAGCGGCCUCUGUUUGUGCAUUCAAAUUUAUUAAAGCAUCUGGGAUCCGCCAACCUGGGUCGUGGCAAGCUGUUCACCCAUGUGAAACGCAUGUCUCUCGACGCAUCACACGAACCUACCCUAAACUACGCCCAUGCAUGGGUCUACAACGGUGCCGCCCGUGGAAUGUGUCUUGACCUCGACUGGCAUCCGUUAGCAUACGAACGUCUCACCGACGCAGAGAGGGAGAUACAGAAAGUGGAAGGGAUUCCCGUGGGACAAAUUGAAGGAGGAGUGUUUGAAGGUUUUGAAGAUGCUUGGUUUGAUGAAGGAGGUAGGAUAGGGGGUUGGUGAUUUGUGUUCAGUUUGAUUUGAAAAAAAAUAACCACUGGGUGGUUUGACUGACCAGAGGUAAAGUAGUAGUCAGAAGUAAGGGCAAGCUCUGAAGACUUUCGAUUGUAUAGAGAUCUAGAGGUUCAUUUGUAUUUCUAGAUGUAUCUGUGAAGGAUAU